AUGAUGCCUAUCGCCUACAUGACAGUUUUGGGCCUCUCUGGAUGUCUGGUCACCGUGUUCAUGUCGAACAACAUGAUCGUCUACAUGGUUCUCAGCCCGGAAAAAUAUGAAGAGUACCUGAAAGCAUUCGGACGUGAAGCUACAAUGGGAAGCACAUUCUCGUAUCUCUACUCUAUUGUGAUCACAGGUCUGAUGACCGUCAAUCGUGUCGUCAUAGUCACUAGUCCGCUCUCUGGACACUUCAGUACUCAAAGAAUCUUCAUAUACUCUGGAAUCCUUGCUGUUUUGGUCUUCAUCACUCUCAUCAUCCCGUAUUUCAGUGAUUGUAGCAUCACCUUCAGUCUCAAUCGUCUUUCCUUCAUUUCUGCUUGUGCUCCAAACAAACAUUGGAUCACCGCGUUCCAAAACACAUACGCCAUUGUGAUCCCGUUGUCGUGCAUGGUAAUUAACAUGGGCAUUGUCUUCCACGUCCGUUUUAAACGCCAAAAGACCUAUGAAAGAAUCAAAAACUGGUAUUACAACUUCCGCUCCCAAGUGCAGCCCAUCACAUUGUCAAACACAUCGACCUCAAGUACAAGCAUCUCAUCACAACAAAAAAACAAAAAAGAUUUUACAAUGAUGCGUCAAACGUUUUCGGUUGCUAUCUUCUUGUCGAUCUAUGAGCUAGGAGCAUUGAUUACCAGAAUCUUCCCGAAUGCGUACCAAUGGUUCCCAGAAGGAUUUCGUGAUGGCUAUUUCUAUUUUCGUAUGGAGUCCAUCGCACUUAUGAACUAUUUCAUCUACUAUCUUCACACUCCACUUUCUCGUCGAAUGAUCCGUCGCUUCCUGCGUUUGAAAGUCCCAAGUGAUGUUCCGAUCACUUUGGCCACUGUUAACCAACCAAAGAAAGUGACCUCAAGCCCAACUGUCCUAAUUAUCAAUUGA